UCCACCAGAAAACAGAUUCCCCAGAAGUUCCAAAGUUGGUGGACUCAAAUUAUAUCUACAUAUCUUUAAGCACACUUUCUCUACAAGCUCUCUCUUGUUUGGUUUGAAUGGCAAGCUCAACCUCCAUUCCUCAACUCAAGAAACUCUCCCUAUUCAUCAACAUUUCCUUUCUCUUUCUCUUAUGUCUCUCUCUCAUCACAACAUAUCUCCAUCCUAAUAACUUAGACUUACCAAACCACCCUAAAUCCAAUAGUAUUAGUAGUGCAAAUAUUCUCAGUGAGGAUAUCAAAUCAGUUAAUGGCUGCAAAGAUCUCCAUCAACACGCAGAUUAUAAAUCCAGGUGUUUGUAUGUGAAAACCCACACAGGUUGCAACCCUAAAGGGUAUAUACAUUAUCUGAAAAUAUUUUACUGCAGUCUUGGCAAGUUUCCAAUUCUGGGUCAUGCUGCAGUUCUACUUUGGCUUAUUGUUUUAUUCUAUCUAUUGGGCAACACAGCUGCUAAUUAUUUCUGUUCCUCCCUAGAGAGUUUGUCCAAUAUCUUGAAGCUCUCUCCUACCAUCGCCGGCGUCACCCUCCUCUCCCUUGGGAACGGGGCCUCCGAUGUUUUUUCCAGCAUCGUUGCGUUCACAAAAUCCGCAGACGGCGAUGUUGGCCUCAACAGUGUAUUAGGGGGUGCCUUCUUCGUGUCCAGCAUUGUGGUGGGAGUUAUUAGUAUACUAAUAAGCCCUCACCAGGUUUCAGUUGAUGAGGCCAGCUUUGUCAGGGAUGUCAUCUUCUUCUUAUUCUCUCUCUCAUCCCUUCUGGCAAUCAUAGUCAUUGGGAGGAUCAACUUGUGGGGUGCCCUUUCUUUUCUUGCUAUUUACUUUGUUUAUGUUGGUACUGUUUCAGUAUCUCAAAUAUACAAAAGGAACAAAAAUCUUGCAGCUUCAAAGUAUUUACCAGUGGUGCAAAGUUUUGAUGAUUUAGCGGAUGGUACUGCAAGUAUACCAUUACUUGGUUAUGUUGAUGAUGAUAAACCCGUUUCCAACGCAAAUUUGAAAACGGGACUUCAUGAUGAUCAAGAACAAAAUUAUUGGUUUUUUUAUUUGGGAAAAUUGAUUUAUAUCUUGGAGUUACCUCUCUACUUGCCUAGAAGAUUGACUAUACCUGUUGUGAGCGAAGAAAGAUGGUCUAAGCCAUAUGCAGUUAUUUCUGUAGCUUUGGCACCAAUUUUACUGGCAGCCCUUUGUAACACACAGAGGGAAGAUCUGAGUUCAAGAGGUAAGUUGGUAACUUACAUGACAGCAGUGCUGAUUGGGUUAAUUUUGAGUAACCUUGCAUACGUGACUACAAAUAAGUGUAGCCCACCAAAGGAGUGCUUGUUCCCUUGGCUUGUUGGUGGGUUUUUGAUGAGUGUAGCUUGGACGUAUAUUACUGCUGAAGAGUUGGUUGGCUUGUUAGAAUCAUAUGGUAGUAUUUUAGGGAUAAGCCCUUCAAUUCUAGGACUUACUGUCCUAGCUUGGGGUAACUCACUCAAUGAUUUGAUAGCUAAUGCUACAAUGGCAGUGAAGGGUGGGACAGAUGGGGCCCAAAUUGCUAUUUCAGGAUGCUAUGCGGGGCCCAUGUUUAACACAUUGGUGGGAGUGGGAACGUCACUGGUUCUGUCAUCAUGGUUUGAGUAUCCAUCCCCAUAUGUCAUCCCUACCGACCAUUCCCUCUACGAAACAAUAGGGUUUUUGAUGGGUGGUUUACUUUGGGCACUUGUGAUCUUGCCAAAGAAGGGUAUGAAGCUGGAUAGAUAUAUGGGGAGUGGCCUUGUGGCAAUUUACUUGUGUUUUCUGUUUGUGAGGUUAGCCAGGCUCUUGUUCUUUUGAAUGCAUCCAGCUGAAGCUCUUUUUGGUUGUAACAGAGUCAUGUAUGAGUGAUUGUCAUAUCCAAAUAUGGUGUACAUUAAUUUAUUUCAUAAAUCCAAUAGUCAUCGUUGUGUGGAGCAAGACUAAUCUUGUAUAUAGAGCAUUUAACUUUUAUGACAUGUUUAUUAAAGGAUCUGUUAGAUAAUCAUUUAGUUUCAAG